AUGGACUCACAUGUUCAGCCCCAAGAUCCUCCUUCAGGGCAGAUUGCUGCGAAGGACAGUAUCAGUCAGCAAAUCUGCCAUCCAAAAAUCAGAUCAGAUACCAUGACCACACCGUCUCACACUCCAGCUUUCGUGUCACGGCAGGCUUGUAAUUCCGUUCAACCCAGCACAGCUGAUGACAUGCUGUCUACACGUUUUGAUAGAACGAGCGACAACAAUACAGAAGCUUCAUCCAUGAUGUGUCCAGGUCUGGAUCUUUCAUCGGACACACUGCUUAUGGACUCGGCAUGGCUAGAAAGUAUCGCAUUCAGCCUCGAGCAGUUCCCACCCGACGGUCAUUUCCUUGGCACAAGCCUGCUACCGAAUGGAUUCAUGCCAGAGACCGGCUCCGAGUAUUCCCAAGGCGACUUUUCUGUAUAUGGCGCCGCCUCUGCCAUCAGCGGUGCAUACUCGCCAAUCAGCCACGGAUCGAUGUCAUCCUUUGACGCUUCGGCCUUUUCUCAGUCAACGAGACCGGGUUCGAAUUCCCUGGGCUACCAGACAAAGGUCCCCUCUUUCGAUUACAGUGGACCAGGGCUAGCUUCGCGCGAUGAUCCUCAAGAUUUGACACGCCAGACACAAGCCCAGCAUUCGAGACUAGUCAGAAGUGACUCGCCUUCUUCGCAAGACUCCGAUGAGGGUCGUCUCCAGGAGAAGCGGCGGCGAAACAAAAUUGCUGCUCGCAAACUUCGACAGAAGAGGGCAGAUCAAGUCAGCGACCUCGAGUCAAAACUGGAAGAGAUGCGAAAGGAAAGAGAUGAUUUAAGAGUCAAAGCUGCCAAGUGGGAAGGAGAAGUAAUGAUAUUGAGGGAACUCCUUGGGAGAGGCAAAGGCACAUGA